AUGUCGCAAGGAGAGAGGGAGCCCCUCCUCCCUCGCUAUGAGGAGGACACCACCCGCCAGCGUCGGUUGCAUCAGAAGUUACACACCUACCAGAUGCUCCGUGCCCUCGCGGAGGGGUACAUGCCGUCCACCGAUCAGACGGUCGUCCUCCUGCGCACCGUUUUAGCUUCCGACGUCCUGAACCCGCGUAACCAGGAGAUCGGCUCCGUCGGUCGCCAGUUGAUCCGAGACGGUCGUCUCUGGGUCCAGCUGUUUAUCGAUCUGGUGCGCCAGAAGAAUGGCGACGAUCAGUUGCAGCAGCUUCUCUGGCAUCUGGCCCGCUCCAAGAUCGCGCUGGAUCCCACGCGGAUCUCGCAAUAUGCCGCCAAUAGGCGAGCGACUGCGGACACCAAAGCCGCGUAUGAUAGUCUUCAAACGGUCGGACGUCUACUCCUGACCAAUUCCGACUUUCGCAUCUUCGUCGAAGAUGUCACCACCGUCGGGCGGCAGAUCUUCUCCGACACUGCCGGGACACUGUCCAAUGUGGCACAGGAAGCCAGCGAGGAGCUCCAGCCCUCCGCCGAAGAGGCCCAGGCGGUCGAGGGUGCAGGCGCGGACGAGGGCCCCGCUCCGUCCAACGAGGACCUGCAGCAAGAGGCAUCCCACAUCGCGGACGUGGUCGGAAAAGCGGCCACACGCACCGGGAAACAGGCCGUCCGCAGUGCCCGAGACCACAUUUCCGGAGAGGAGAAAGAGACUCUGCUUCACCGCCUGAAGCAGGCCGUCGAGAAGCUGCGACAGCGCACGGACUAUUCGGAUUCAGUGUCGACGCUGGCCCGGCUCGUCCAGCGGUAUGUAAAGAUCUACACCAGCGCCGCCUCCGAAAUCGUCACCGCGGCGGAGGAAGAGGCGGAAGUCAAUGUCGAUCUCAAACAGGCGAUGCGCGAGUUCUGGAACCUGCUCCAAUCGUUCGGCGAUAGCGAGGAGUGGAAGACGUUGGAGGAGAGAUGUAACCGGGUGCUGCAACAUGCCAACGAGGAUCCCGAAUUCGAAACCCUCAUGUCAGAGGUCGGCUCGUCGAUCCAGGAGAUGUUGACCGAUCCCAGCUUCUUCGAUUCGGCCGAGGAGCGGAUCGGCGAGCUCCAGGAGAAAUCCACGGAGAUCGGCGCAGGGACCACAUUGCGCUCGGAUGUGGAUGCCUUCUUGGCACAGGCCAAACGGGCGUUGCGGAGCAUCCCCGAAGACCUCGCGGUAUCUAGGCUGAUCGACGCGACCCACAAACUAUACCAAGACGCAUGGGACGGGUACUAUGACCGGAAGAGCGAACUGCCCAUGGACCUCCUCGAGGUUGUCUUCCCCCUCCUUCUUCGCAGCCUCCAGUACAUCCCGAUCCCCCGGCUGGAGAUCACGUCGCCGGAGCUCGACCUCCUGCUGGAGAAUCUGGUCUUGGAGCCAGGGCAUACCGUCAAUUUCUCGUCCUUCCUACCGUAUCGCCUGCAUGUCACCACCCGCAACGACAUUGACAUUCUCAAACGGCAUUCGAAACAGACGACCGCAGGCCUGAAGACCACCUUCACAGCUAGUGUCUGGGGGUUGAACCUCAGUGCGGAGGAAUUCGGGUAUUGGGUCCGUGCCCACCCCGGCUCGUUCUUCCGGUUCAACGACGAAGGCAUCGCCAGCUUCGCCCUGGACCGCCGCGGCAUCGACAUCUCCCUCGACGUGGAAGUCGGCCGCGACCGUCUCGAGCAGAUCUUCACCCUGCGCAGCGUGCGGGUGCGCAUCUACAAGCUCAGCUACAAGGUGCAUCGCAGCAAGUGGAAGCUCCUCCUGUGGCUGGCCAAGCCCUUCCUCAAGCAUCUCGUGCGCCGGGUGCUGGAGAAGAAGAUCGCCGAGCAGAUCGUGGAGGCGGCGACGGCGUUAAACCGAGAGCUAGUCUUUGCGCGCGAACGCCUGCGCGCCGCGCGCAUCGCCCAACCCAAGGACCUGGCGAGCUUCGUGCGGGCGGUGUUGGCUCGACUGAAGCCGGCGGACGGCGAUGUCGAGGCGCGGGUCGGUCUGGAUGCUCCGGGGAGUGGCGUCUUCAAGGACGUCUAUGCGCCGGGGAGCCUGACCCAGGUGUGGCGCGAACAGGCCACACGGGCGCAGGAAGCCAUUGAGGAGGGCGACGAGAGUCAGGGGCUGGGGCGGACGUGGCGAAAUGACAUCUUUGACGUUCCCAGAUAG